AUGCUUGCGCGUGGUUUUCUGUGGCCAACCAAUCUGGCAGCGGUACCUGUUUGUGAGGUGCAUCAUCACAGAGAGCGUUAUAACCUUCACUUGUAUCUUGGCAUAAAACGCUCCAACAGGCACAAAUCGAAUCGAAAUACGCACAUCAAUGAGCGACAGUUUGCAAGGGUGAGAUUUUUUAAGAGUGUUUUUUGUUCUUUGAAAAAAUCCUCGCAGUGA